GGCCUUGCCCUGUUCGAGGAAAUCAGCUUGCUGGCUCCCGAUGCUCUUUGCCUGUGGGGAUCAGAAGGAGAUGGCCACCGUGCAAGCCCUCCUGCUUUUAAUGCUCAUCGGAAUAGCCGAGCCCGGGGCAGGUCGAUGCCCUGCCUGCGAGAUGGCAGCCCUGGACCCAGAGGUGCAGAAGUCGUUCCUCAUUGAGCUAGCAAAGCAGAGGAUUCUUUCCAAGCUGCAUUUGAAGGAGCAACCCAAUGUGACCCAGCCGGUCUCCAGCGCUGGCCUCCUGACAGCUCUGGCGAGGCUACGUGUCAGGAGCACGAACCCGAGCAUCACGUUGGAGAUGCCAAGCCGGAGCCCCAAGACUGAUGUGCAAGAGUAUGAGAUUCUCAGCUUUGCUGAGCCAGGGCCCUCCGCUCCCAACAGGACGUGUCUGCACUUCCACUUCACCCAGGAUGCCGGCAGAAGCGUGCAAAUCCUCCACGCCAACAUGUACGUGUUCCUGGCAGCCCCCGGCAGCCCCGGGCGCAGGCUCACGGCGAAGCUGCUGUUGUCCGAGCCGGGCGAUGCAAACCCGACGCUGGUUGGCAGGAGGCCACUGGAGGUGAAGCGGGGAGGCUGGGCCGCGGUGGAGGUGAGGGCAGCUGUCCAGAGCUUCUUCAGCAGAGGCGGCCAGAGGCUAACGGCAGAGCUGGAGCUUGAAGGAAGCCUGGAGCCUGCCCUGCUUCUCAGCAACAGCGAGUCUCACCGGCCGUUCAUGGUGGCCACGGCCCGGGCCAGUCCCCGACACCGGAUUCGCCGCCGGGCCAUCGAGUGCAAUAGCAAGUCCCGGACAUGCUGCAGGAAGCAGUUCUUCGUUGACUUCAAGGAGAUCGGCUGGGAGGGCUGGAUCAUCCAGCCGGAGGGCUACCACAUGAACUACUGCACGGGGCAGUGCCCCAUGCACGUGGCCAGCAUGCCCGGCCUGGCCUCCUCCUUCCACACAGCCAUCCUGAAUCUCAUGAAGGCCAACGACGCGCACGCCACCGUCAGCUCCUGCUGCGUCCCCACGAGCCGCCGGCCCCUCUCCCUGCUCUACUACAACCAGGACAGCAACGUCAUCAAGACCGACAUCCCCGACAUGAUCGUGGACGCCUGCGGCUGCACCUAACCCUCUGCCCAGCGCACACACAGCUGCCUUUGCACUGAGCGAGUCUUCCCUCGAACCGGGACUGGACAGAGAUUCCCCCGCCGAGGUCCUGUUCCCACUGGUCCUGCUGUUGGAAUUCACGUCCUUCACAUACGGGACUGAUUGUGCUGGUGAACCGUGCCGUGUCAAGUCUCUCCGGAGGACAGAUACAGCAAUCUCACCCCCCAUCCAACGGCCUCCCUCCACCCUUCCCCAGGGAAGAGGAGAGAGCUCUGAGUGGACGCCAGCCAGGGGCCCUUUGCAGCCAUGGGUUCUGCAAUGUGAAGACCCGCCCUGUAGGGAAUUUGGACCAAGCCCCCCUGUCCUCAGAGACCGCCGUGGGGGGAAUGCCGGGCAGGGUCAGAGAGGAGCUCAGUGCUGCCUAGACAAAUUCAGACGGGAGGAAAGCAGGCGUAAAUUCUUGAUGGGGCGAGUAACAAGCCACUGGCACAAUUUGCCGAGGGCCGUGGCAGAUUUGCCAUUUUGAAAUGGGGACUGGAUGAUUUUCCAAAAGUUUGCUCUAGGAACGAUGGGUAGGGAUGCUAUCCAGGGGCUCAGAUGAGACGGUCACAAGGGGCCCUUCUGGCCUUGGGAUCUCUGAUCUGUGGCUGAGUGGGGCAGGGAACAGAGGGCCACACCACGUCGCUUGGCACUGAAUCAGAGCUGCAGCCUGGGAUGCCAGCUGGCGUGCACCGAGUCCUGUGGAACCAGGAGAGCGCUCUGGGGUGAGGGGUGAGCUGGUCCUGACGGGAGGGACACAGCCCGGCUUCUCUGUCCGUAAGGCGCCCGCAGCCCUUUAAGAUAUCUGUUCCUCCCGCCCUGAGCAGCCUCU